UUAGAUGGUGUGUAAAAAGACAUGUAACUACAUUUAUUCCACAUGAAGCAUUCCUACACCAGUAACCUCACCAAUACGUGACUCUCAAGCAACCCUUUUCUUUUCCUUCUUCCGAACAAUUCAUCUGUUUUUCUACUUUUGUUCCGUAUCUGUAUUUAAUCUUUAAGGUAUACCUUUCUCUCCCCCGCCCCCCUCUCUCUGUGCACAAGUAGUGAUGAGUGUUAUUGAUCACGAAUUGAAUUGAGAGACCACUCUUGUGCUUGAAUCUACCAAUUAGGCCUAAAAAGUGGGGGGAAUUGAAAAAAGCAGAAUUCUAUACCUUCCCAACCCUCAAGAACAAGUAGCUUGAGGGAGAACAUGCUUUCAAAGAGACAACUUGCUUUUUCCCUUUUCAUAUGACCUAGCUGAUGAUGAGUAGUAUGUAGAUAGUAGUCCUCCUGGGAGUUUGUUUAUUUGGGAAUAGUGGGAUUGAGGACGAGGACGACAACGAUCGAGUAAUGUUUUCUUAGCAGACAAAAAAACAUAGAAUGACUUGCAGCAGUGAUUCUGGGGAGGAUCGUCCAGCGAGAUUGUUUGCUCACAACAGUGGGGGUAAUAAUAAUAGUGUGACCAUAAAUGAGAUUACCAGACGUAGCGGAAUGAGGGCUUGCCCUUCCUGUGGCCAUCCGAUCAAGUGUGAGCAAAAGGCUGGAAUUCAUAAUCUGCCGGGAUUACCUGCUGGAGUGAAGUUUGAUCCAAGUGAUCAAGAGAUUCUUGAACAUUUGGAGGCUAAGGUCAGCUUGGAUUCUCACAAGCUUCAUCCUUUAAUCGACGAGUUCAUCCACACCCUUGAAGGAGAAGAUGGAAUUUGCUACACCCAUCCUGAAAAGUUACCAGGAGUGACGAAAGAUGGUUUAGUCCGGCACUUUUUUCACAGACCAUCCAAAGCCUAUACCACGGGCACAAGAAAGAGAAGGAAAGUGCACACGGACGUGGACGGGAACGAAACCCGGUGGCACAAGACCGGGAAGACGAGGCCGGUGGCGGCGAAAGGCAUGGUGAAAGGCUACAAGAAAAUACUGGUGCUCUACACCAACUACGGGAAGCAAAGGAAACCCGAGAAAACCAACUGGGUGAUGCACCAGUACCACCUCGGAGACGACGAGGACGAGAAAGAAGGCGAGCUCGUGGUGUCCAAGGUUUUCUUCCAAACACAACCUAGACAGUGCGGUUCUCUCCUCAGGGAUUCUCCCCCUCUUGAUCUCCCUCAGGCCGGCCGAAAGGCCGGUUCCCAUCUUAGGGAAUCUGCGGCAACAAUGGUGGAAUCCUUCAACCCAACUCUCAUCUCAUUCGAUCAAUUCGACCAUAAUCGUCCCACUUCUCGACUCCUCCCGAGUUUCAACAUGCAUGACACUUCUUUCAUUCCUUAAUUUUUGUUCUUUUAAUUAACUGUCUCUUUUGUAAGGUCUUAAAAUAUAAUGAUGAUGAAGAAGUUAACUUGAAGCAGUUAUGGUGGUUAGGGGGGAAGAAUAAGGGGGAGUGAGCAGAUCAGAUCAGAAUAAACUUCUUCUAAGGUUGGAAGUUGAAGCUCAACCCUAAUAGAUGGAGUAAUUAUGAUAUCUUAAACUUUAAUUUCUGAAAUGGAAUUUGUUUAAUUAUAAUAUAAUGCAUGUUUUAAUUACGUUGUACAGUAGUAAUGCAGAAGUGGUCAUGUACACGGCUCAGGAUUUAUGAUCAUUGACUGUACUGGGAGAGUUAUCAUAAAAGAUCAAGUGUACAAAGAUACUCCAGAUGAUAAAUUAAUGUAUUAUUACUUUUAAUGUU